CUACUUAAGAGUUUUCCCAACCCUAGGCAGCCAAGGAGAAAGGUAACCCUAGACACUUUCUAUUUUCUGAUUGCGUUGUUUUCGCGAAAACUUUUCCCCGAAAUUUAUCGUUAAACAAAAUCAAAGGAUCGCACUGAGACAGAUUCAGGGACUCUCCCGUGAGCUGUGAGUAUCUGAGUGCAAGCCGUGUUGACUAGAACGGAGGAGAAAGGAAUCAGAAAAAGUAUAAAAAAUCGAAGAGUUUGUUCGCGAUGGCCGAAGUAGAGAAAAUGACUGCGGCUCCGCCGACCGAUAUACCCGUCUCCUCGCCAAAUGCCAGUGAAGCGGGGGGUGGUAGCAGCAGCACUGCCGAACUGGGGACAUCCCCCAACCAAGAGCCGUCGAGCAACUCCCAUCCCCACGACUCCGAGUACGACACUGCCAGCGAUCUGGAGGGCGGCGAGGACUACGAUGACGACGACGAUGAGAGCGGCAGCGAGGAGGAUUCGGAGACGGAUGAGGACGAUGUGGGCAGCGAGACCACCGAGGAUGAUAGGCACAGCGGCACGGUCAGCGGCAACGACAAUUGCCAGGACAGAUCUGUGGCCGACAGCGAGGCGCAGAAGAAAGUCGACGAAGAUCGCAGCAAUCCGCAGUACAUACCGAAACGCGGCACCUUCUAUGAGCACGAUGACCGCACGGCCGAAACCGAGGGCUGCCUGGUCCCCGAGACGGAGAACAGCUCUCAGGUAGCACCAGAGUCAAACGGUGACGUCAACGGGGUCUCUGCCUCGGGCACCACACCCAGUGGACAGCCACCAGCCAUAUCGCAGGCUUCCAAGACCAUGAAGCAGUGGCAGCCGGCCUCUGGUGGCGACCGCUGGUCCCAUGAUAGGUUCGAAGCCAGCGAACAGGCCCCCAAGUCGCGCUCGGAGCUCAUGCAGUCCUAUGGCUAUGACAUACGGAAUGAGGAUUGUGCACCACGUGCCCGACGUCGCAGAAGGUACACGCGUGGCCCCAGCAAGUACUCUCGCAACUGGGAGGACGAGCAGGCGUAUCUGAAGGCCAGCAACAAAGAACGCAAGCCACCCCGACCUCAGGACUUCCCGGCACUAAAUGAGCGAAAGCCGCGUGGCCCACGCACUUCCUCCUUCCGGGAGGAGAAGGAAAAUCGCCGCUCAGAACGCGGUGCCGACAAACCACAAGGAGGCGGAGGUGGAAGUGCAGGCGGUGCGAGCGGCUCGAAUCCCGCCCCACGAGCUCAGGAAGUAGAGCGCGAGCGUGAACGUGGAGAUCGGGAUAGGGAGCGUGAGCCAAAGAACCGCAACUAUGGGCGCGUGAAUGGCGGUCCGGGUCGACAGAAUCCCAUGGAGUUCAAGCCAAAGUCAAAUCGUGGUCCCCCGCCCGACCGUCGUGAGCGUAAUGAGCGGGGAGAACGUGAGCGCGAGCGCGACCGUGAGCAGGAGCAUGUGGAUCAGCGCAACGAGCGUGCUCAUCAGAAGCCAUCUACUCCCAGAUCAAACGGACAGGGCAGGCAGUCGACGGAUGGCCCAAUUCUUCAGCAGAGCCAGCAACAGCCGCCGCAGCAGCAGCAGCCGAGACAGUCCCCACAGCAGGUGCAGCCGCCUCCACUGGCGGCGCCCCAGACUCAGCUUUCGACCACUAAUCUGUCGCAGCGACUGCAGCAGGUGCAGCAGCGCAACGACCCCAGUCAUGUAGGAAGCGUUCAGAUGCAUUCUCUGGCCAACCAGAACCAACAGCAGCAGCAGCUGCAGCUAACGCAGCAGCCACAGCCGGCAGUCCCAGAGCCAAGGACUGCACCCAAACGAUACUCCAGUCUCCGUCGCUCCCAGCAGGAGGCAUCCCAGCACUUGGCAGAGCAGCAGCAGCAACAACAACUGCAGCAGCAGCUGCAUCUUCAACAGCAGCAGCAACAGCAACAACAACAGCAGCCCUCACAGAUUAUGAUACAGGAUCCCCAUGUCCUGAUGCAGUUUGCCUAUCAGCAGCAAGAGAUUCAAGCCCAACUCCAGACACUGCAACUGGGACCGGCAGCAGCGACCGUGCCAGCGCCACCAAAGCAACAUGCCCCGCCAGCGGCAGCCUAUCCCCAGGCACAGGCGGCACCCUAUUACGUGACUGGAACGGAUCCGGUACCGGUGCCGGUGCCUGUUCAGGUCCCAGUUUCGGUGACUGUACCCCCAGCUUCCCCCUAUGUUAAUCCGGCGAGUGCCGCCUACUUGCCCACCACACCGGCAGCUGUGGCCUUUGCCCAGGCCCAGACGUCCGUGGUGACGCAGCCACAGCCACAGCCGCCGGCCCAGGCGCAGCCGCCAGCUGCGGUGGCUGGCCAGGCGCCACCGUCCAUGAACUUCCAUCAGAACUACAAUACGGUCGGGGGCACAACAUACUUUGUGCCGCCUGUCCAGACCACCAGCCGACCUGCUGCCUUGCCCCAGCGUCGACCCACCAAUGCGAUUCCCAUUCUACCGCCAUCCGAGAAGCAUAAGGCGCGACCCGGAGGAUUAGCAGGGUCAAAUGCCAACCAGACGACCAAUGCCAAGGAGGAGGGCGGCCACACAGACAACAUUGACCACAUCAUUGACAACAUGUUUGUGCAGCGGCCUGCAUUCCAGCCGCCGGCCACUGGAGAGGCUGCGGCUGCGGGUGCCAAGGAGGAUGUGGCCAAUAGCAAUCCCAUCCUUCCGGCACUGGCGGCAGCCGAACAGAACCUCCAGCCUGUGCCGGCUGUUGGGCAGGAAUGAGUGUACGCCAAUCUUCAACAUCAGCAGCAACAGCAGCAGCAAAGGCGCGGGCGCCACGCCCCUGGGCACUCAGUUCCUUUGCCCGCCUACGCACUGCUGCCGCCGCCGCACAUUGGCUACUACCGCCAGCAGCACUAAUUCGGAUAGAACACCCCCUCAGACGGAACUCAGCUCAUCAGCGUUUGGCUGCUGCCUAUUGCCCCCAAUAGAUAUUUUUUUGAUUUUUUUAUUGCACUUUUGGCUUUAAGUCUGUGACUUGAAUUUAAUUUUUUGUAGAAACAAACGUAAGAAAAGUG